CAGUCGCACACCUCGCACCCACCCCCGCCUUCAUCGCUCAUUUUCUAAGGUGGAUUCUCGGGAAACUGCGAAAAGAAUUUAAAUUCGGUAUCCCGCGUUCGCGUACGACCGACGGGCGAAGAGGAGUGGGGACUAUAUGUCACAUUACAAAGUUCACCGACGGUCGCGUACCGACGUCGACGACGACGACGACGACGACGACGACGACGACGGCGACGGCGCUUAUUCCUUACUUUGAUAAGACAGAGUUUGAAUUUUUACGCGUUCGCAGCUUGAAUAUUUCCAGAUGCGGGAGGAAUGGCGGUUUGCCUUAUGUCCGAAGGGAAACGAAAAUUUACAUUCCUCACGCUCGGCGCCAGAUUAUUAGUCGUACGAUAUGUGCAUAAUAAUCGGCCGCUCGGAUAUUGUUUCCCUUUCUUUUCUUUUUUCGCUUCUUCGCGGGUGCUGAAACGAGACGUCGAGAACGUCACAAUCUACGUCGCGUGUACGCGCAAGCGGGAAGCGUAGAAAAUAAAGGAAGAAAAAAAAUUCGCACGCGUCUUCUCGUCGAUAUGGCGUCUCUGACCGAAAAACUCUUUUUCUCAUUGCAGGGCGCAGGGCAGCCUCAGCUAAGGCCGAAUCUUGCAACAACAGCGAUCACAGCCGCGUCCGCGAGCGUUUCGAGUGCGACCUGAACGUGCGAUCGAGACAGUGCUACGAUGACGAGACCGUACGACCGUCGACAACUGCUCGCGAUACUCCUGCUGCUGCAAACCGCCUCGAGGUACGGCUCCGCGGUUCACGCGGUUUCCGCGGAAUCGACGCACGCGGUCGACCUGUCGCCGUCGUCCGCGGUACCGUCCGGCCUCUCCGGGCCGGACUACACCGGCCCGUCCGCGGGUUCGGACGAGUGCGAUCCCGAGAUGGUUGGCUUCGAGCUGGUAACCGGCUACGUGUUCACCGCGCCCACGAACAUGCUCGAGUCCAUACCGGGCACGUUGAUGCUCACCGACUGCCUGGAGACCUGUCAGGCAAACGACUCCUGCCAGGCGGUCAACUACGAGACGGGCCUUUGCGUCCUAUUCAGCUCUAACGCCGACAGCAAUCCAGGCGCGCUGUCGCAGUCGCAGUUCCCCGUGUUCACCAUCUACGCCCAGAAGAGCUGCCUGGCGGUGAAGCCCUGCGAACGUGCUUGGUGCAUCGAUAGAGUGCAGGGACACCGCCUUCAGGGUCACGCACGCAGGACCAUGACCGCCUCCUCACGGCAGCACUGCCUCGAGCUCUGUCUCGGCGAACGAGACUUCCUGUGCCGAUCCGCUAAUUACGCCAACGCCACCAAACAAUGCGAACUUUCGGAUAUGGAUCGGCUGACGGUCGCCGGCUCGAGCGCCUUCCAGACGGCGAAGGGGAUGGAUUAUCUGGAGAACCAUUGCGUGGAGGAGCCGGUGAAACUUUGCGAGUUCAAGAAGCUGACCGGCCGCAUCCUGAAGACCGUGGACUCCGUUUACCAAGAUGUCGGCACGUCCGACGAGUGCCGCGAAUUGUGCUUGAACUCGCCGUUCCGUUGCCAUUCGUACGAUUAUGGCGACACCGGCGACAUGGUCUGCCGUCUGAGCCAUCACUCUCGUGCUACUCUCUCCGACAUUCAGGAACCCUAUCUCGACGUGCCGGAAGCGUCCACGUACGAACUGAGCUCCUGCUACAACGUGACCAUCGACUGCCGCGCCGGCGAUAUGGUGACUCGGAUUCAGACCAGCAAGCUCUUCUACGGCAAGGUGUACGCCAAGGGCUCGCCCAACUCGUGCGUGCAGGACGUGAAGGGCGCGCUCGAGUUCGAGCUACGUAUGGCUUACGACGAUCUUGAGUGCAACAUCAGGCAACAGGGUCUCGGCCGUUACCUCAACGACGUGGUGAUCCAGCACCACGACACCAUCGUCACCAGUUCCGACCUGGGCCUGGCCGUGACUUGCCAGUACGACCUCACCAACAAGACCGUCUCCAACGAGGUCGAUCUCGGUGUGCACGGCGAUAUCACGCCCGCGCUCUCCGAGGAGGUGAUCGUCGACUCGCCGAACGUCGCCAUGAAAAUUACCGAUCGCAGCGGCAACGACGCGAUCCCCUCGGCCGAGGUUGGCGACCCGUUGGCGCUGAAAUUCGAGAUCCUCGACCCCAACAGCCCGUACGAGAUCUUCGUCCGCGAGCUGGUCGCCAUGGACGGCGUGGACUCCAGCGAGAUCGUCCUCAUCGACUCCGACGGCUGCCCAACCGACCACGUUAUCAUGGGACCGCUCUACAAGUCGGCCACCACCGGCAAGAUACUGCUGUCGCACUUCGACGCUUUCAAGUUCCCGAGUUCGGAAGUGGUGCAGUUCCGCGCCCUGGUCACCCCGUGCAUGCCGACCUGCGAGCCUGUUCAAUGCGAUCAAGAGGAAAUGACCGGCGAGUUGCGCUCGGUCAUCUCUUACGGCAGACGUCGCCGCCGCCGUCGCUCCACUGCCGCCGCUGCAGCCGCCCAGAGCCGCGAGGAUCUCCUCCUGGUGCAGUCGAUCCAGAUCACGGACAAGUUCGGCUUCGAGCGUGACGGUAAGUUACCGAACGCCACCUCCGCGACGAGGGACACCGUCUUCGUCGAGAGCGAGGACAUAUCGUCGUCGAUGGGCAUGUGCAUCAACCUGGGCGAGGCGAUCGUGGCCGGUACCGUCUUCCUCGUCGCUCAGAUCGCCAUCAUAGCGGCCUGGACCUUCACCUGGCAGCGGCGCCGACAGAUGCUCAAGCACCAGGAGGCGCUCUCGGUGUCCGUGUCCGUGCCCGGAAUGCAUUCCGUGCCGGGACGCACCGACAGUCUCUGUAAGUUGUACGACGCCGGAUAUUCUGCGCGUCGUUUCUGAGCGACUUCUCACCAUCAUCCGUCCGCCCGCUCUCGCCCAUCCGCGACACAUCGUCAAUCUCGUCUUCCUGCGUAAUUCGCUAUUACGAAUCCUCGGCUGACUUCACACGGACGUGAGCUCUCAACACGCGACGACCCUUCUUUCUCUCCCGCCCCCUCCCCCCUCUCCCCUCGGGCGAGAGAGGGUCGCGUGUGUCACGAUUUUUCGAAGCGAUCACAGCAGACAAAACGCUUCUUCUUCUUCUUCUUCUUCUUCUUCUUCUUCUUCUUCUUUUUCUUUUCUUCUCUUCAUGGUUUCUCGAAUCUCCCUCCGGAAUUCGGGACGGACGCUGCUACUUCGUAUAUAUCAAACUUGUAUGUGUGUUGUAGCGCGUUGCGAUGCGCUAGCAUGCGAUAUACGUAGCGCUUUUAGCGAAGGGAACCCUUUGCCACCCCCACGCUUACCCGCUGUAACCCGGGGGUGGAAGCUUUCCACAGGCAUUCUGCGAAUUCCAGUUAGAUUCGGCUAGAUGGGCAGAUCGCGCGCGCGCGCGCGCUUGGCUCGCCUCAGCUCGCUUCAUCCCGACGAGAGAGAACGGCACAGCUCAGACAGAGAAAGCAAUCGUCUCGAUCGGCGGACGGGGCCGGGGGCGGAGGGGGCAAACGACCGCUCUUCUGCCCAUCUAGACGAAGGUUCUUGUGUAUCCGCAUCACUUGUAUUAGGUGCUAUCACGUACGUAUCCUCUUUCUCUUCUCAAACUUCAUUUCCUCGCAGCUGGCACCGUUAAGGGGAAACCGAUCGAUUUCGCGAUAUCGCUUCAAGCCACGACGUUUGCUUUCCAACGCGUGCGCGCGGGCGCUCGCGCAUCUUGCUCCUGCCGUCGCGAAGGGAGUCCGCGCGGCGCGCAAUUACAUAUUCGCGUAUGCACACGUGCUAAUAAUGCCGGUGGAUCACUGAACAGAAUAAUUAGGCACAAUUGCGCUUGAUUACCCGCUACAUCUGUCGCUUAUUGAGGCACAAAUACCGGUGUGUUUCCCGAUCGGCAUUUCUACCCCAAGGUCGGCGCAACGAAUCGUACCGAAUGUAUCAUCAAUCUCGUUUCUCUCUCUCUCUCUCUCUCUCUCUCUCUCUCUGUCUCUCGGCCGGCCGGUUAUUUCGUGGAAGGAGCAAGGCUGCAAUUACGAUCCGUACAGGCAACCUUUAAUUAACGUGACGUUCAGUGUGUCCAAGCAGCCUUCUUCGUGCGUGUGCGUACUCCCGUUCGACGAAAGUCGACGAAGCGGUCUUAAAGGGACGUUUCUCCAAGGUGGAUUGAAAGGGCACGAUUAAAGAGAGAGAGAGAGAGAGAGAGAGAGAGAAGGGACGAAACAAAGAGAAAGAAAGAAAACAGGAAAGAUAAGAGAAGAAAGGUGGCCCUCAAACUCGCGAGUACGCGUUCUCUCUCUCUCUCUCUCUCUCUCUCUCUCUCUCUCUCUCUCUCUCUCCCUCUCUCUCUUUCUCUCGCAACAUCACGUCGAUACUUAAUCCGUAUCUGAUCGGGGAGACGCAUACCGGGAAUCACACGGCUUCGCCGUGGAUAAAUCGAUUUCUUACUUUGUUUCGGUAUAAAUGGCGCACCUCUCCCGGCGAUAAGUAGUCGAUAAUACAACGGCGCAAAAAUCAUGGCCUCUCGUCCGCGAAAGAGACUAAUCGAUUCCACGUGAGUUCGGUCGGUUUCUUGCGGAGCACGCGCGAGUGUAAACCUUGUGCCGGCCGUCCUAUUCUCUCCCCGUUUCGUCUCCGCCGUCGCCUCCGUGUCGAGCGCUUUUACUCGUCCCUUCUUCUUGAGGCGACGCUUGCGAGGUGAUAUGGGACACGUCUCGGCGCGGUGUGGCUCUACCAGGUGAUGGAGGUUGACGUGCAUUCGCCACGUCGGGAUGAGCUACCAGGCAUGGACUCUAAUUAGCAAUGGGAAUUGGGCAUGAUUAUGCAGAUGCUCGUAGUGGGGUAUGAACGGUCGCUGGCGCGGCGAAGGGAUAGAUGUAGAUAGGUAGCACGAGGCAUAGAGCAGAGCUGAGCUGAGCGGGGAUGAAAGAGGGAGAAGAGAUUGAGACGGAACGAGAAACGGUGGUAGAGGAUCAGGACGUGUGCUGGUGAGCCCGAUGAAGAGGGGAU